AUGUGCUUAAUGAUCUAUUAAGUAAUCACAUCAUCAUAUUUGCCUUACAUUUAUCCAAAAUUAAAUAAAUUGGAUUUGAGUUCAGGAUAAUUUUGUUCAAUAGCAAUUUUCUUAGCUGCAGUUUAAUAUAUUUGUGAAUAGUAAGGAGACUAAAUCUUAGCACAAAUUUUGUAAAUUUUAAUAGCCCUUAUUUGCUUUAGAUUUAGUUUUCCAUAUCUUUUUGAUAUUAUCUCUGCUUAUUAUAAAAAAUACAAAGAAAAUUUUUUGACAUACCUCAUAAUUAUAUUAAAAAAAUUAUUUCCUUAAUCAAGUUUAAUCUGGAAAUUUAAUGAUAUUAUAGAUUAAUGGAGAUAAAAGAAUUCUAGGAUAGAUAGAAAUUUCAAAUAAUUGCGAAAGCUUACAAUUUCAAAAAAACGCUAAGAGAAAAAAGAGUAUAUAUUUUAUUUUAUUUAAGGCAAUAACAAAUUUAUACAACAUUAUCCCUUAAUAAAGUCGGGGAGGCCAAAUUAAAACUGUUGAAAUAAUGA